UGGCGAGCAAAGACACCAGUGAGUGAAAGCCUGCCAGGACUACCACAUUGAAGGGCUCUCACCACAAGCAAGUCACGACAGCAUCUCGGGACGAUCACUCUCCCGUACCAUAAACUUGACUGUUGACACUAUUGCGUGGAAUUAUAAACGAAGACUGAUUAUCGCCUAAUUCGCGCCUAAUCGACGAUUCGAAAAAGCAAACAAACCAGAGGGACGUAUACCGUGGAAUGGUUUUUUUAAGUGGACCUUGUUUAUUAUAUUCUCACCUAGGGCACUUCACCACGGCUUGAAUCAUCGUCCGCUGUUUGUUUGACAGAUUUUGCGUCCGAUGUCCACUUGUUACCAUCGGUUAGUGACCCGCGGACAGAUAAUUUCUCACCACGGAUCGCCAUACACGCCAAGCUGCCAUUGAGAUGGCUCGUGCAGAGACACUGGAGAGUGCAGGAGCAGGAGGAGGUGGAGGAGGAGGAGGAGGAGGAGGAGGAGGAGGAGGAAGAGGAGGUGCAGAGGGAGAGAGAGGAGGCUCUCUGGUCCGGCCCAGCAGCUGUCGCAUGGAGCGGCCCAUUCCGGGCCUGGAGACAUGGUCCAGCCUGCUCUCAACCACCCCUACCACCACCUCCACCAGCUACGACCUCCACCAGAGCCUGAACCUCCCCCGGGCCCUCCCCCGGGCCCUCCCCCGGGCCACGGCCCUUCUCCUUCAAGGCCCGCCGCGGCCUCGGCCCCCCCAGGCCCCCAGCUCCACGAAGGAGGAGGAGGAGGAGGAGGAGGAGGAGGAAGAGGAGGAGACACCCAGGGCUGAGGACAGGUUCUGCUCUGGGGAACCACCAGCAGAGAUGAUGGGCUCUGUCAGAGAGGAGCGACAGGAGGCCUCCAGAGAGCAGGGCCCUCUGGCUGACCUGCAGGCCCAGGAUGAGCAGCCUUGCUGGGGCUCGGCCCGCCGCAGGGAGGCCGCGGUGGAGGCGGAGGAUAUUAGGCGUGUAGCUCAACGGCUGACGUUCAUCGGAGACCAGAUCAACACCACCGUUCUCUUUGUAGCGUGAGUACGGACGGCUAACACUGCACUCCUCAUUGCCCUUUAAACAGAGUUAGUUUUAUCGGUGAAACAACAAGUUGGUUGAACGUCUGGUCGUGUUUCGUAAUGUGAGUGUUAUCGCUGUGUGGCCGUGGGUGUGGUUGUGGUUGUGAGCCAUGAAAAUAUGCAAAUCAGGGAUAGAUAUGAAACCUCAUUCAAUGUUCUUUUUACUUCUCUUCUUAUAUGUUCUGUCUCUGUCUCUCUAGCUCUCUCGCGCUCUCUCUGAUUCUCUCUUGUCUCACUCCCACUCUCUCUCUCUCUCUCUCUCUCUCUCUCUCUCUCUCUCUCUCUCUCUCUCUCUCUCUCUCUCUCGCUCUCUCUCUCUCUCUCCCUCCCUCUCUCUCUCUCUCUCUCUCUCUCUCUCUCCUCUCUCCUCUCUCUCUAUCUCUCUCUCUCUCUCUCGCUCUCUCUCUCUCUCUCUCUCUCUCUCUCUCUCUCUCUUGCUCGCCCCCGUUCUCCAGAAGUUAUAGCCCCCCUCCCCUCCCCUCCAUCCUCCAUCCAGCCCCCCCCGCCUAGAUCCUCCCUGCCUCCCCCCUCCCUCACCCAUCCUCUCACAUAAAGGUGACAUCAUCUAGCCUUGGCUCUACCCACACACCCAGACACACGCACAACCACACACACACACACACACGCCCGCACGCACGCACGCACACACACACACACACACACACACACAGAGACAGACACACACACACACACACACAAAAACAAGCACACACACACACACCCACAGACAGACAGACAGACAGACAGACAGACAGACAGACAGACAGACAGACAGACAGACACACACACA